AUGGUUUGUCAGUGCGUCAAGAAGAGAGUCACCUACUCCUGCCUCCAUCAGGAGUCGAAGCUCGAGAAAUGCUGGCGUGACAAUUGGAGACACGAGUUUCCAUGCCUAGAGGUCUUGGUACCGCGCUGCGACUCGCCGGUCCAGUCCAAGCGCAAGAAGAGGUUCGGCUUCUGCCCCAAAUGUGCGGCGCAUUUUGGUCUGCCGGAGCGGCCUUCCCGUUAUGACAAAAAAUACGUCGAGAGGUAUCUAGACUACAAAAAGGACAUGCGACUGGCAGAGGAGAGGAUCAAGGCAACGGAUAUACCCCUCAGUGCUGUGUUUGGCAAGGCACAUGUCGAGCGUGAGCCUGGUGGACAACAAAGCCCGAUGCGAGUGAGACGGAGUAGCAACCCUACACAGGCAUCAAACAAGACCAGGACUGUUAAUACCACUGGUAGACAUGUCUCAAGUGAGGAUAGUCCCCAUACUCGUUUCUUGGUAUCGAGAGCCGCUCCAAAAGUCUUGAGCGCCUUUUCCCUCCAUGACGGCGAAAGUGAGGAUGAGUCGGACGGCGAGGCCCACGAGUCUGACGCCGAGGUAUAUGAGUUAGAGUACAUGUCAACAAGCCAGAAUAGCACGCCACAAAACCGAGCAAGGACUUCCACUAACUACCCCAGCUAUUCCAUGGAUGUGACGGAUGCUGCAAGAGCAUCUACACUGCUGAGUCUCUGCCACGACUCGGACUCGGAUUCGGAUGUAGUGACGACCGAAUUCGACAUUGAGCUCGACGAGUUCGAGUCCGUCGUCAUACACCGGGCCGUGCCCAAACUGGAAAUGCCCUCGAGGCCUCGCGGCAAAGGUAGAAAGUUCUACCAGAGCGGCCUGCGCUCUGUCCAAUCGCCCAGCGGCUUCGCCACGCGCGUCAAGACGGCACGCAGCCACAGCCUGAGCAUCCCGUGCCCGCCACCGCCCGUGGUCGGCAGGGUAUUUACGGGCCGCUGCCGCGAGCACCAAGGCGUGCCUCCUCCUCUUACUCCCCGCGACGGCGGCUGCUGCUCGACGUGUGAGCGGGGCGGCGUCUACCUCGAGGCCGGCAUCCCGACCGUGGAGGAUGAGCUCCGCCGAAACGCGCGCUCGGCCCCGCCCAUCUUGAUUCGGUGCCAGGUGCCCGCGUCCCGGUUCGAGUGCGCCGUGCAGACGUGCUUUUGUGAUCUCGUAAGUGACGACAAGUGUCUCACGUGCCGAGAGCGGGAGAAGCAGGCCGAGAUUUUGGGAGCCGCUUUUUUCUAG